CAGGCUAAGCAUUUCUGGUCUGAGAGAUAAAGAGGAAAACAACCCAGCUCUAAAAUGCCUAGCAGAACAUCAGCAGCUAGAUUAAUUCCUGUCUCGCAGAAGUCAGAACAGAAAAAUGCUAUCCCAGGUCCUGCUGUGGAAACUCCUGUCUAUGACCCAAAUGUCCCAGAGCCUUCCAGCAGAGCAGAGCUCCAGAAAUACUGGAUGAACCUCACUCUGAAUGAAAAAACUGCUCAGAAGAUGUUGUGGGUGUCAGAGGGUGGUUCUAAGGUGGUUCGUUUGACUGAGGAGGUCUGUCCCUACCUGGACAGGCCUGAGAGAUUUGAGCUCACACCACAGGUGCUCUGCAAUGAGGGCUUAUGGGGUACAAGGGGAUACUGGGAAGUGACAGUUUCAGGAUGGGUGGUUAUUGGUGCCACAUAUGAAAGAGUUGGAAGGAAGGCUUAUGAUGGUCCCUCUGGUCUUGGAGAGAAUGAUGAAUCCUGGGGUGUGGGUUGGGCUGGAUCCUGCUAUCAUGCCUGGCACAAGGGCCAGGUUGUGGAGGUUAUGGGCAUCCCCCACUGCUCUACUCUUGGGGUGUAUGUGGACCAGCCAGCUGGGCUCAUAAACUUCUACCUGGUGGAAUGCAAACAGGAGGGGGAGGAGGACACAGGAAAGAAGGAAGUCAAGCUGAUUUACAAGUUUCAGAACCCAAUGACAGAACGCAUUGUGCCAGGAAUCUGGGUAGGAAGGUCAUCUUCUUGCUGUAUACUAAAGAAAGAUUGAGAGAGAAAACAAAAAUUGAGAAAAUGAGGGAACAAAAUGGAAAUUUGAAGUAAAGUAACAUCAGAAAAGAGGAGAAAAGAGCAGUAUUGGAAAAGGAAAGGAGAGAGAACAUCUUUUAGAUUUAUAUAGAAUGGAGAGGAGUAAAAGAAAGUAGAAUUAAUUUUUCCUUGAAAACACCAGAAACAAUUAUGAAUCGGUUGAAAACAGGAAUGGGAGGGGAACAAGGGUACAAAAUAUAUUUAUAUUAAUAUAAAAAUUAUUAAACAUUAAGUUAAUAUAUUAAGUACUAUUCUUAUUAUUAUCAUUAUCAUUUAUGACCUGGUUAAUAAUAGUUAUUAUGAAAUAGUAUAGUUAGUAAGUUAAAAAAUUAUUUUUGUUACAUAUCUGAAUAAAUGUUUUAUUUUAUAAUUUAAAUUUGAUUGCAGUUAGUUUUUUGUUUUUCAUGUCUAAUUCAUAUAUUAUAUAUGAUAGGAACUGUAUGUGAGACUUUGAGUAUCUAGACUGUGAAGGAACUGUAUGUGUAGUGCAGUACAGGAAUAUGCUGUGCAAAUAAAUAUGUAUGUGUAAACCUCUA